GCCGCUGACGGCUCGUUAGGUGACGGUUCCAGUCCUGCAUCAACUAUUUCCUUUCUCCCCCUUUUCAUUUAUUUUUUGGGAAAAAGAAAACGAGUGCAAUCUCAGGGUUCACCAUACUCAAUGAGCGGACAGCGCAAUGUCAGAGCGCUCUGGGCAAACUGCAAAGGGGAAGGAAGGCAAAACCAAGUAUGCGUCUCUCAACUUGUUUGAUACAUACAAAGGAAAGAGCCUUGAAACACAAAAGCCUGUUGUUCCCCCCCGCCAUGGCCUACAGUCUCUUGGUAAAGUUGCCUCCGCAAGGCGUAUGCCACCCCCUGCCAACCUGCCCAGUCUGAAGGCAGAGAACAAAGGCAACGAUCCCAACGUCUCACUUGUUCCCAAAGACGGCACAGGAUGGGCAAGCAAACAGGACCCAGCAGACCCAAAGAGUACCGAUGCAUCGUCAGCACCGCAGCCGGAACCGCAGCCGUCUGUGGCUUCACAGAUACCUGCACCACCCCGCCCGAAAACCCCGCCAGCUUCAGAGGCUCUAGCCCCAGCUUCAACCCAGGCCGCAGGGGCAAGGUCUUGGGCACAGGCCAGUGUUACACAUGGAGUACAAGGGGAUGGUGGAAAGGUAUCAAACCCACCGUCGCGAUUCUCUCGCGAGGAAUUUCCCUCCCUGCAGGCGGCUGGCGACCAGGACAAAGCUGGCAAAGAACAGGCCACUGCAGAUCAGUGGUAUGGGCCCGGACCAAGCCUCCGCCCCCAGAACGUUACAAGUUGGCGGGACGGUGGGGGCCGAGGAUUGGCACCCACCCUUCCUGGGGAGGUGGCAGCAGAGGGUGGCCCAGGAGUUCUGGUAAUGGAUGGGGCAGCUGGUGUCCCCCCUGGAAACUCCCAGAGCCACGGGCCACCUAGAAACCCUCCUGCAGGCAGUCCCGCCCUGCCCCUGCCCCAGCCUCCUGUGGGGCCUGGGUUUCCUCCCUAUCGAGGGAUCAUGCCUCCCUUUAUGUAUUCUCCCUAUCUGCCGUUCCCGGCCCCUUUUGGACCUCAAGGGCCCUACAGGUACCCCCCACCUGGGGAAGGGCCCCCACAAAGGUUCCCACGUGGACAAGGUGGCCCUCGUGACUCAGGUGGAGAGGUGGUAAAACGACCCCCUAUCCUUAAACAGGACGACCUGAAGGAGCUGGAUGAGCUGGACCAUGAUGGAGACGAGGGCUGGGCAGGGCCUCACGAGGAGAUUGAUUACUCUGCCAAGCUGAAGUUCAGUGACGAUGAAGGCGAUGAAGAUGGGGAGGAUGAGGGAACUGAAAGCCAGAAUGACUCACGUGAGCAACAGAGAAGUCAGGAUGCUCCCAAUGCGACCUCGAACUCUCGAGCCUCAGACAAUGGAGGAGACACCCGUCGCACUCCUCCCAAUAAUACUGACAGUGGCCGGGCCGAGGAGGGUGGCAGCGGCUGGGGAGGGCAGGGAGCACCACCCAAUUACCAGGAUCGAUCACAUAACCAGGGUGCACCUGCUGGUCCGGGGAAGCCCGGUCCUGCCCCGCACCAACAAGCAGCAGGGGCUCCUGCCCCUCCGGCCCAGCAAGGCCUGCAGGUCCACGGAGCCCAGGAGGACGAGGACGAGACCUGGCGUCAGCGCAGGAAGCAGUCGUCAUCCGAGAUCUCUGCAGCUGUGGAAAGAGCUCGGCGCCGUCGUGAGGAGGAAGAACGUAGGAUGGAGGAGGAGAGACGGGCGGCCUGUGCUGAGAAGCUGAAGAGGUUGGAUGAAAAGCAGCAGCAGCAAAACAGCAGCAGCACAACAGGAGGGGGCGGCAGUAAGACCCCGAGCCUGGAUGGGAAUUCUACAGCUCCUGCAGUCGGCAGCCCCAGUCCGUCUGUCUCAGCCUCCUCCCCGAACAUCAGCCAGCCCCCCUCCCCUUGUGUGGACCCCGAAGAACCGCCAGUGCUUACGCCUCAGCCAGGGCCCGGUACCGCAGGAAACGACCGACAGCGAGCCAGCAGCAACAGCAGCUACGACUCCAGCGCAGAUGCACAGCAGUGCCCCCAGCCAGCUGUGCCACAGCCACCGCCCACACAGGACACACCUGUACCAGGGGAGACGAAGGAAGAAAGCGCGGCCAGUUCUCACAUCCGUGCAGGAGGUGGAGGUGAAAGAGGAGUUGACCAGGUGAAGAUUGAGACUGUUGGUGGGGGAGCAGGUCGUCAAGCCAGCGGGCCCCCCGUUCAGGGUUACUCAAAGUACCAGAAGUCUCUUCCGCCUCGAUUUCAAAGGCAGCAGCAGGAGCAGCUCCUGAAGCAGCAGCAGCAGUGGCAACAACACCACAACCAAGCGUCACAGAGUCAGCUGUCUCCACAGCCCCAGGCUGCUCCAGGUCCUGCACCAGGUCCCGCGCCGCAGCCCGGACCUGGACCGAAGCCGGGCGGGCCUCUGUACCAGCCCACCAACAUGGUCCGACCUCCACCUCUGCCAAUGAACUUUGACCCUCGCUGGAUGAUGAUGCCCUACAUGGACCCUCGGAUGAUACAAGGUCGUCCUCCGCCCAUGGACUACUAUGCAGCUGGCAUGCACCCCUCUGGGCUCAUUGGGCGUGAGCGAUCUGAUUCAGGGGGAUCUGGUUCAGAACCCUUUGACAGACAGCAACAGCAUCCAGGACAUCCUCACCGUGGGACUCCCCCUAUCGAUCCUAAGAUGUCCUGGGGGCCAGAGGUGUUCCCUGGUGGAGCGGAGAACCGUGGGCUUGCCUCUCCCCUACGACAAAAACAAACAAUGGAGGAUGACGAUGCAGCAAAGGGGCCCAGGAGUGACACUCCUCCACACCGCUUGCGAGAGGGCACAUUAGGGGCUGUCCAGCAGCCCAGCAACUCAUCCAAUCAAAGUCAUCCUCCCGUCGGCUCUCAGGUCGCAGCACAGGGAGGCGGCCACCAUCCCCAUCACUAUAUCGGUGGGCGAAGCAACUACAGCAACUUCCCUGACCAGGGUGUGAGAAUCUCUCCCCACCAGCAGAGACCAGACGACAGGGGGAAUCAGCUGCACGGGUUCCCUCACCAGGAUGAAGGGCCUUCCCGAGGAUCUCAGCAGGGCCAGAUGUGGGGAGCCCCACACUCUCAUUAUGAUCGUAACAACCGAGCAGACCUCCCCCCCAUGGAUAACUCUCAUUUUCACCACUCACAGCAGCAUCACUUCCCUCUUCACUCUCAUAAACCAGAAAAUAGUCGCGACAGGGCCGGUGAAACCACUGCUAAAAAGAGUGACACUUCCCCCCCUCUCCACCAACCUUCCUUGUCGUCCUCCUGCUCUUCCUCCUCUGCUUCCUCUGCCAGAGAGGACGCUAAUCUCAAAGCAUCCCAGCAUCAUCAUCACCACCCACAGGAGAGGGAGAGUGAGUCUGUUAACGCUCACGGUCCUGGUGAAAAGGGCAAUAACAGCAAUGUCGGUAACAACCACGUGAAGCAGGAAAAGACGGGCCCGGUUUACACGUCCCAUUCUUCCUCCAUCUCCAACCCGGCUCCCUCACAACACAACAGCCACAAUCAGCUUCAGCAGCAUCCGCAUCCUAAAUUAAACCAAAGAGGAGGGCGGGAGCACAAGACUGAAACCCAAUGGGGCCCACGGCCCGGAAGCAGCAACAUGGGCGGGGGCUCCUCUCACGGCAGGAGGGCCAACAAUGCAGGAGGUGGGAACAGCUCUCGGGGAGGAGAAGAUUCAAACACAUCUUCGGACCACAAACCCUCCAACCAGGCAGGAAGCUCCAAUCCCAACAAGAGGGCCGGGCCCAUUAAGAAGCCCGUACUCAAGGAGAUGAAGAAAGGAGGAGGUGAAAAUGAUGGAGGAGAAAAAACGGGCAUGGGCUUUGGAAAGGAUAAAGAGCAAGAUGCGAGCCAAGCGAGCUCCACAAAGCAGGACGCCUCCUUUAUCUCCCAGAACCCCUCCGCUUCGUCUAAAGAUGAUACAGCCCAAACGACAAAACCCAGAAAUGUAGGAAAAGACCGAUCCACAGGUGGAGGUGGAGGAGGGCCGGGUAAGGGGUCCAGAGAUGCAGACGUCCCACCAUCAGGGUUUCCAGGAGCCUCCUCCAGGAAGGACAGAGACCGCUCCUUUGAACAGGGUGCUGGCGGGUCCCACCACCACGGGCCGUCAGCUAAGAACAGCAGAGCCAGCCGAGGACGUGGGGGGGAGUUCUACGGCCGUGGCCGCGGUUACAGGGGAAGCUUCACCGCCGGCGCUGCAGCCGCCGCCGGCAGCCGCGGCAGGAUGGGCGGUAGGAGCGGCAGGGACUAUCGCUCAACAGUCGGAGGUGGCCACCACCAAGAACCCAGGGGUGAGGGAGCCGGUGGCCGCCACGGGCAAGAUCGCUCUCAGCACAACCCCGCCAGGGCCAGAAACCGCAGUGAAACUCGCAGCGAGGGCUCGGAAUAUGAAGAAAUCCCUAAGAGAAGGAGGGAGAGGGGCUCCGAAACCGGGAGUGAGAGCGGUGCAAGUGACCUGGCUCACUCAGACAAAGAAGACAACCAAAAACCCAGCACCAAGAAUGGUUCCGAUAACGUCCACGCUACAGGAAACCCUUCAUCCGGCCCGUCUAGAGGUCCCCAGCCACGCGUCUUCACCCCCAGGGGAGUCCCCUCAAGGAGGGGGAGAGGCGGUGGGGGAGGAGGAGGUGCCAUUUACAGGAGCAGUGGCAACAUGGGAGGGAUGCCAGGAGGACACCGGGUUGGACCCAACUCAGGUUCUCACAGUUCUCACUCCUCCAAGUCAUCAGCGUCCGGUCGUAAACAGCAAGGUCCGCCGCAAACCUCCGCACACAAAGAUGUGAAUCGAGGAGGAAACGCAGGAGAAAAGAAAGACAAAGCAGCUGAUGGAAGUCAAAUUCAAAAUCCGGGGAUCAGCGCCCCUCAGCCGGCUUUGCCUGCCACAAACCCGGCUGCUGUAGGUUCCAGUGAGAACGGAGGGGUCGUAACCCACCAACCUUCAACCAAUUCUGCACCCAACUCCGGAGGGCCAAAUGCAACCCCUCUUCCCACCAACCGUGGGUUCGAGCGGCCCCCCAGACGUCGGCGUCACGGGCGAUCUCAACACCAGCAAGAUAAGCCGCCCCGCUUCCGGAAACUGAAGGAGAGAGAGAACGCUGCUCGUAUCAACGGAGGAGUAGGAGUCAUCGGUGGCGGGAGACCUUCGUCUCCUUCCUCGAAUUUAGUUCAGGACAGUAACGGAGCACCCGUCUCUGCUCCCACAACAGGAAACGCCCAAAAUGCUAAUCAGAGCACCACACUGACGACAAACAAUAACAGUGGCGGCGGGCAUGUUAAAAAUGCAAACAGCCACCACCAUCACCACUACAACCAGGGAAACGUCGGUCCGGCCCACCCCCAGCACCAUCACAACCACGGAGCAAAGUCUCCAGAUUUUACCAACCAGAACUCUGACCAGGCCAACGAGGAGUGGGAAACGGCCUCGGAGAGCAGCGACUUCACAGAGUUCAGAGACAGGGAGGGAGGAGGCGUGAAGGCCUCCUAUUCCCACCAUCAGCACCACCCGGGGAAGGGCGGAGGGGGCGGUGGAGGCGGAGGUCUGGCGGAGCACGACAUGGCGGGGAAAGAGCCCGCCGGUAACAAAAGAAGCUUCUCCAGCCAGCGUCCCGGGAUGGAUCGACAGAACCGGAGGGUCAAUGCUGGAGGCGGGGGAGGUGGAGGCCGAGGCCCCCGAGGGCCACACGGUGGGGGCUCCGGAGGGCCCGGCAACGGAGGUGGCAACCGCGGGGAGAAACGUGCCAACUGGCCCUCUCCAAAAAAUAGGAAGUAAUGGAGUAUAAAAAACAUUUUAGAUAAACCUCACCCACAUUAAAAUCCACUCCUUACAUCUUAAUCCCUUUUGAUCAUUAUUUCAUGGCUUAUCUGUUGGCAUACUUAACAUAUUAGUGCAUUGUACAGUAUAUGGAGAUGGUAUUUACAUUCACUUUAGCUGCCCUCACCUCAGCCACUUUUGUCCCCUUUUGCAUCAUUCUACUAUUGACCGUCCGUUAUUGUAAAUUUAUCUGUUUAAUCUGUCUUGCUCUCCGUUUGUUUAAGCCCCCACCUUUUUUUUUUUCUUCUUCUUCUUCUUUUAAGUCUCCUAAGAAACUCACUCUGGUUGGAUUUGACAAGCAUGUGGUUGUGCAAUGAAAGUGCACGUUGUUUUGAUAUACAUUAACGCAAUGCUCCGCAAAUACUUGGAUAUACAAGCACAAAUACGACCUUUAAAAUUCAAACAUGCAAAAUAAAAUGUGGGCUUCAAUUGGAAAAAUGUUUGGAUUGGGUUAACUUUUAUAUUUAUGUACAUGUAUAUUUCUACCACACUUUGGCCUUGGGUGGUAUUUAGUAGUACAGUCCUGCGUUACGUCCCUCGCGGAGGGAAAGACUGCAGCCUCAUCUUUUAAUGAGAACAUUGUACCAUAAGAGGUUUUGUUUCUCGCAUGUGUGUUUAUUUUUUUUUUUUCUUUCCUGUUUAGUUUUAGCCUCUGAUAAAUAUUUGGAGUGUGUUGUUUUUUUUCUUUUGUUUUUUUUUUCUUUUCUUCCUCCUUUUUCUAUCCAUAAAAGAGGUCAUUAAAUACCUUUUACUAAAUUCCUCAAGUUCUCCUUGAUGGUUUCCUGCAAAGUGUCUGGUUAAUGUGAGUGGGCCUACUGAGGAACUACUGCUCAGUGCUCACUUGCAUUCCAUUGAUUUGUUUUUAAUAUCAGUGUUUUGCUGCUUAUUCAAUAGACUGUGUGAAGUUUUUUUUUUUUUGUUUUUUUUUUUCUCUCUAAAUUGUUUUCACAUUUCAUUAGGUAUUGGUUGCUCCUUGUGUAGUAAUUAAGGCUUUUCUAGCCUCAUAGUAGCAUCCUCUGUACUUGCAGAAACUUCUACAUACUGCAAAAAUCCCCAAGGACAAUAGUUUUACUCUCUUGAGGAGUUUUGUUUACCUUUAUGAAGACUGUAUUGAUAGCGUGAUGGCUUUAUUUUAACAACCAUUAUUUCCUCAAUGGCUUACAUUGUUGUGGAAGCAUUUAUCUCCCUGAAAUUGAAAUAUCAGUCUCGUCAGGAAGAUGAGUCGGAUGAAAAUGUAGGUCAUGAUAUAACAAAAACGUUUGGGUUUCACAAAAUAUUUUAUCCUUCACAAAGUAAUUGAGUAUGAUCUAAAAGCACUCCUUGUUGUAUAAAACAAGCAUCCAUGGUUGCCAUUGUUUUGUUUUGUUUUUCUUCUUUUCUCCCUCCUUUUUCUUUUUGAUUUUCAAAUUUUUUGGGGGGGGGCAAGUUGCAUGUGCUGCAACAGGACAGGUACUCUACCUGGGCCCGGAGUACAGAUGCAGCGUUGUGCUGUUACACCUCCUCUCCUGUCACGUGUGGCACGAUUCGCUCACUGCGCCCUCGCAGAUACUCCUCACGCCUAGAAGGACUCAUUUUCUGAGGUGGAAUUUCUCCAAGCAUGUGUACACAGGAUGACGGAUUCAUCAUGUGGUGGCAACCAGGAGAAUACAGGACAGUGCUGAGCAGGUGACCCAAGCGUCAUCUUAUACCAUUCACACGGUUUUUUGAGAUUUUACUUGCAACAAAUAAUGCUGACCUGGAUGUAAGAGUAGUCCUGUUAAGUUUUAUCACACAUAAAAGACAAAAAUGACUUGAGGCAGCAUCCAAGGUGAACUAAAUUGAUUUUUCUCAUAUGCAUCAAUUCUUUCACUGCUGUAAGUUGGGGUUUGUUUACUGACAACAGUUUGAAGAUUGUCUCUGGGAUGUUUUGAGUAGGGCAUUUGAUGAUAUGUGUAUAUGUGUGCUUGUUUGGAUGUGUGUUAAUGGUGUCUGUGUUAUAGCUCGGGAAGGGGUGGGGACCAGAGGGUUUAACAUUAAUGGCAAGCACUUUCUGCCUUGUUUGCCCACGUCUGGUUGAACCAAUAUAAUUAAGACAAUUCUACUGUUUCUUAAAUACAUCCACAUGUAUACAUUCAGCUGUGUGUAUAUGUUUAUCAUUCACAUGAAGAACCUACAGUGGGAAAACAACUUUUUUUUGUGUAAUUUAAAUAUACAUUCUUCCGCAGCCAAGAGAAGUUGGACAUAUUUUCCUUUUCACUAUGAAUUCUGAGCAUGUACACACCUAACGGGUGCAGCUUGCAUUGCCCGUUACUGGUUUAUACAUUGAUAGCUGUACACUUAACACUGGCUCAAAGAGUCCUACAGCCCUCCUUAAUUUUCGAUGUGCGCAUUGUUGUAUGUACCCAUGUUAAAAGAGAAACACAUAGUGUAUUCCAGCAAAAUUUCUCAAAGAUUGUAUUGUUUCCAUCAUUACUGAGGUACCUGGAGUGGUUCAAACUGUUUUUAGCAUUUAUGGUUUUAGUAAUGGAACCGUAAUAUACACACAUGUAUGUAUAUUGGUAUGUAUCUAAGUUUUGUCUACCCCAACUUACAUUCCCACAAACAAAUGUUGCCAUUUUUAGUUCAAGGGAGCAAUGUACAAGCAGAGAAGUGUCUUAUUAUAAUAAAGUUAUACAGAGAAGGCAAAGUUAAAUAAACUACUUUGAUUUAAUGGAAAAUAAAAUUGCAUGUCUAGUUCUUGAUGAAUUGGAAUAUUUUGAGGGACACUUGGACAAAAGUUUAAUGUUCACCCUGACAUGCUGUAUGUCUGAAUUAAAGAUGCCUGUCAAGAUUUUGGUUAUUCAGCACUGCAAUAUUUAUUUUGAAAUUGCUUAAAACAGUAGCAGGAAUAGUGUAAAAUAAAAUCCCAAAUUACACCAACUGAAGUUCAACUUCAGGAUGCUGCAUAACGUGUUCAAAUAGCUGAAUAUUACGCAGAUUUGUGAGCUUAUAUUACAGGUUCACAGUUAUAAUGUAUUUGUCUUUCGCUCAGUUUGUUUUCCAUAUAUAUAUAUAUAUAUAUAUAUAUAUAUAGCUUCAGUAAUAUGUUGGUUUGUUUUAUUUUAUAUUGUUAAAUCCAUUGAAUUCCUGAGCAACUACAUUUAAAUUUUAUUGUAGACAUGAUGGAAAUAAAAAAAUAGCUAAUAUGGAUAUUUUACUAUCCUACUCUUCUAUUUGCAUUGUAAAAUAUUUAUAGAUAUGGGAGCGUUGGUAUGAUAAUAGGGACUUGUUACAUCAACAUUUAGCCCAGAGCCUCUUUAGUAAGAUACAUGCAGCUUUGUAAACUGACCUGCCUGUUUUAUCCGUUUCCAAAUAAAAAAUAAAUAAAGCAGGAUCUAAACUGCUGAACAUCCAGAAUCGUAAGGUAUGUAUAUAUGAAAAAAAAAUCACUUAAAAAAAAAAAAGAAAAGAAGCGUACGUAACAUACUAGAUAACCUGUUCUUGUCUAAACCUUUGAGACUGUAGCAUCAAAUAAAUUGUUUAUUUUCAA